ACGUCACUUCCGCCGCGCGGGUUCGCCGCUUCCGCUGCCCGUGUUGGCGCCACUCGGUGCCCCCCCCGGUGCGACACGGGCCGUGUGCAGACGGCCGUCACCACGUGACCUCUGACCUCUGACCCCGUACGGCACCGUCCCCGCCAUGUUCCCGCCGGUCCCGGUUCAGUCCCUUCUGUCCGCUCCGUCCGCCGCCCCCGCCCCGUUCCCCCGCUCGCUCAGCUCCGUGUCGGACCGUUCCGCUCCGUUCCGCCUGGGGGAGCGCAGCUUCGCCCGACAAUACGCGCAUCUGUACAGCACGAGGCUGCUGGGAAUGAGGCCCCGCCUGGAGCGGCGGGCACGGAGCCGAUGGGGUGACAAUGUGCUGCUGCGGAAGCUGUGUGAGCUGCAGACAGGGGAGCGGUGCUGCGUGGUGGGGACGCUGUUCAAGGCCAUGCGGCUGCAGCCCUCCAUCCUGCAGGAGAUCAAUGAGGAGCACAACCUGGUGCCGCAGCCCCCCCUGGCCAAGUACGUGGACCCGUCGGACGAGCUGGUGCUGGAGGACGAGCUGCAGCGCAUCAAGCUGACGGGGAACAUCGAGGCAUCGAGGCUGGUGACAGGCACCGUGCUGGCUGUGUACGGCCACGAGCAGGAGGAUGGGAAGUUCCUGGUGGAGGAGCAUUGCUUUGCCCACCUGCCCCCACAGCUGCCGUGGUGCGGUCCCAGCACCGAUAGGUUUGUGCUGCUGGCGUCGGGGCUGGGGCUGGGCAGCGGCAGCGGCGAGUCCCUGCUGGGCACACAGCUGCUGGUGGAUGCGGUGACGGGGCAGCUGGGUGCUGAGGGCCAGCAGAGCUGCGCUGCUCUCAUCUCCCGUGUCCUGCUGGCCGGGAACCUUCUGAGCCAGAGCACACAGAGCCGGGACAGCCUGCACAAGGCCAAGUAUUUGACCAAGAAAACACAGGCUGCCAGCGUGGAGGCGGUGAAGAUGCUGGAUGAGAUCCUGCUGCAGUUCUGCAGCUCCGUGCCUGUGGACGUGAUGCCCGGAGAGUUUGACCCCACCAACUACACGCUGCCGCAGCAGCCUCUGCACCGCUGCAUGCUGCCCCUCUCCAGCGCCUACCCCACGCUGCAGCUCGUCACCAACCCCUACCAGGCUGACAUAGAUGGCGUCCGGUUUUUGGGGACGUCAGGGCAAAACAUCAGCGAUAUCUUCAAGUACAGCAGCCUGGACGACUACCUGGAGAUCCUGGAGUGGACGCUGCUGGCGGGACACAUCAGCCCCACAGCCCCCGACACGCUGGGCUGCUACCCCUUCUACAACUCAGAUCCCUUCAUCCUCACCGACUGCCCACACGUCUACUUCUGCGGCAACGCACCCAAGUUCCAGUCCAAGCUGCUGACCGGGGAGGAUGGGCAGCGGGUGCUGCUGGUGGCAGUUCCAGCCUUCAGUGCCACACAGACCGCCUGCCUCAUCAACCUGCGCGACCUCAGCUGCCAGCCCAUCAGCUUCUCUGUCUUUGGAGCCGAGGACGACAGUGACAUGGAGCUGGGGCAGUGACAUGGAGGUAGGGCAGUGACAGCACAGACGUCACCUCAUCCCCCUGCGGCGCGGUGCGGUGGGGAAGCGAUGCGGUGCUGCUACCAAUACAGCUUUGUUUAUUUGUGUAACAAAACCA